AUGAUGCCAAAUUAUGGUACCAAUGAAAAAGUGCAUGAAUUAGUUCAAAAUAAAAUUUCAUCCAUUACUUCAAGAGCAACAGGGACAUCUAGCAUUGAAAUAAAUCAACUUGGCGGUGAAUUCAUAAAUGGACGUCCACUUCCGCUUCGAUUACGUUACAAAAUUAUUGAAUUAACAAAAGAUGGAUAUCGACCGUGUGACAUUUCACGACAAUUAAAAAUUUCACAUGGUUGUAUUAGUAAAAUUUUAUCACGUUAUGCAGAAUAUGGUACAGUAAUGCCAGGUACCGUAGGUGGUAGUAAACCACGUGUUACAACACCUGCGGUAGUUGAAUACAUAAAUUUUUUAAAACUUCGUCAACCGCGAAUCUUUGCCUGGGAAAUUCGAGAACAACUAUUACGCAAUAAAAUAUGCCAGAAGAAUAAUUUGCCAUCUGUGAGUUCUAUUUCUAGAAUUCUCCGAAAUAAACACAGCACUGCAAGGAAUGACUCAUGUUACUCACCAACUUGUAAGUAA